AUAUAUUAUCGUAGAGGGAGCCGUGUACUGCCGCCACAGAGGAAGAAGAAGUUCGUCGUCUGCUCCAAAUCAACUGCAAAAAUGGCAAGGGGAUUGAAGAAGCAUUUGAAGAGGCUCAAUGCACCCAAGCAUUGGAUGCUUGACAAACUUGGUGGUGCCUUCGCUCCCAAGCCCUCUUCUGGACCUCACAAGUCGAGGGAGUGUCUUCCUCUUGUUCUGAUUAUCAGGAACAGGUUGAAGUAUGCUUUAACAUACCGUGAAGUCAUCUCCAUCCUGAUGCAAAGGCAUAUCCAAGUUGAUGGUAAAGUGAGAACUGAUAAGACUUACCCUGCUGGCUUCAUGGAUGUUGUCUCCAUCCCCAAGACCAAUGAGAACUUCCGUCUUCUCUAUGACACCAAGGGACGUUUCCGUCUCCACUCCAUCAGAGAUGAGGAAGCUAAGUUCAAGCUUUGCAAGGUUAGGACUAUUCAGUUUGGACAAAAGGGAAUCCCUUACCUCAACACUUACGAUGGUCGCACCAUCCGUUACCCUGACCCGCUCAUCAAACCAAACGACACCAUCAAGCUCGACCUUGAGGAGAACAAGAUUGUGGAGUUUAUCAAGUUUGACGUUGGUAACGUUGUGAUGGUGACUGGGGGUAGAAACAGAGGGCGUGUUGGUGUGAUUAAGAACCGUGAGAAGCAUAAGGGAAGCUUUGAGACAAUACAUAUUCAAGACUCAACAGGACAUGAGUUUGCCACAAGGUUGGGUAAUGUGUUUACUCUCGGGAAAGGAACUAAGCCAUGGGUUUCUCUUCCAAAGGGCAAAGGUAUUAAGCUGACCAUCAUUGAAGAAGCCAGGAAGAGGCUUUCGGGUCAACAAGCUGCUUAAAAAGUUGAAUCAUCCAAGACUUUUUGUUCGCUUCUUGCUUUAGUUUUGAGCGUUUUCCUAUUACAUGUUUUCUUGCUUGCAGCAGCUAAACAUUUUAGAGCGUUUUGUAAUGUUUGUAAGGAUAUUUUUAAAGUACUCUUCAAAUUCAUUGACGUUUGAUGUGUAUUACAUGCAAGACGAAGCUGCAAUGUCAAUGAAUCAAUAAGGUGAUCACUAGCAUGUGCAUUCAAACUAUGAAAGUGAGAU